ACCGGGGCCGGGCGCCGCGGUGGGGCCGGGCCGGGACCGAGCCGGGGGCUGGGCCGGGACAGAUCGGGGGGCCGGACCCGGGGGGAAGCCUGGGCUAGGCCCCGGGCUGGGUCACGGAUGUUGGGCCUCGGCCCGAUCCCGGGUGCGGGACUGGGCCCCGGCUGGGCCCGGGAUGCAGGGUCGAGCCGGGUACCGGGCACCUGUGGGUGUGGAGGUGAACUGCCCCCCUGGGGCCGUGGGCAGGCUCGGCCCUGGGGCGGCAGAGCGUAGGGACAGGGGCAGAGGAGCAUCCCUGCCUUGGGGUCAGGGGCAAUGAGACAAAGCGCCGCCUUGGGGACAGGGAUCCAGGGACACCCCUGCCUUCAGAACACGGGCAGUGGGAUGUCCCUGUCAUGGGUGACACGGCCCCAUUCCCCAGACAACAUGCUCACCUUGCAGGCAUUGUUGCCCAAGCCUGGCACCAUGGACAAACCCAUCACUCCGGGGGAGCUGCUGUGUCUGGGCUCCAGCCUCGCCUUCUCUGGCCUCUUCUACUACCUGUACAGGAGGAAAGCCAGAGUCGUGGCACGCAUACAGGAGGCCCCAAAGCUCCAGGUCGAUGACAAUUUGCCAGCCCUCGUGUCUGCAGCUGAGGGGCGGUGCCUGCCUUAUGUUGCCCUGGAAGGCAUAGUGCUGCCAGCCCAGGCUGCACUGACCAGCCACUACCAUGAGGGGCUGCAGGGCGUGAUCCAGAAACUGCUGCUGAAGGAGCAUCGACUGAUCUGGAAUAGCUUGGCCCGAAGCUGGAGUGAGAGCGAGCGGGUGCUCUCAGAGCAGAUCUACACAGUCCCCUUCCUGCUGGCCUCGCCAGGCCCUGAGGCAGCCACACAGGUGAGUGUGGACAGCCCACUCCAAGCCGUCUGCCUGCCCCUGGAGAUGGUGUACGAGCGGUUCCAGCAGCCAUCCCACGGCUUCCGCGACCUGCUGGGCCAGUACCUGAUUGGGGAGAAGCCCAAGGGCAUCCUGGAGACGGAGGAGAUGCUGCGGGUGGGGGCUGGGCUGACGGGCAUCGGGGAGCUGUCCCUGCACCCCGACGGCUCCCUGCACCUCCAGCCGCCGGCCCAGGGAGGCGAGUUUUUCCUGUGCCUGGGGGACUGGCAGACGGUGCUGUCAGAGCUGGAGUCGGCCAGCGGGCUCUGGAAGGGGGCGGCGUUGCUGUGCGCAGCAGCGGGGCUGGCCGUGCUCCUGCACGCCCUGUGCCGCGCCUACCGCCGCUGCCGCCCCAAGCAGCAACAGGAGGACAAGGAGCUGGAUGGGGAGGAGGCCGGCGACCGGGCGCCCGAGGACUCGUGCGUGGUCUGCCUGUCACGGCCCCGCGAGUGCGUCCUCCUGGGCUGCGGCCACAUCUGCUGCUGCUUCCGCUGCUUCCAAGCCUUGCCCACCCGCCUCUGCCCCAUCUGCCGGGGGCCCAUUGACCGCGUGGUGCCCCUCUACCAGGCCUGAGAGCACCUGGGGGUGCCCAGGGAGGGGCAGCGUGAACCAGGCCAAGCCUGGAGCCUGCAGAAAUCUCAGCUGUCUCCUCAUGUGCAGCUGUGCAAUUCCUUUUGGGAGGGAGGGCUCUUGGUGUGCCCUUCAGUCUGUUUUGGGGAGGGGGGGAGUCACAGUCUCCUCAUCCUCCCUUUGUCUGCCAGAAGGACACCCCUAAACAUGAAGGCUUGGGGAAAAUCUACACAAUGCCUGAGAUGAGGAGCUGAGACCCCAACCCCACACUGGGGCACUACUUUGGCUGCCAGCUAUUGGACUUGUGUCUCUUUCUGAGCCAUGACCUCCCAAAUGCCACACAGGACUUCUCCCUUGUGGUUUGUUUUGUUUUUUUUUUUUUCCAGUGUGUGGAUUUAUGGGGAGGAUUAUGAGGGCAAGACCAGGGCUGGUAGGACACAGCAGGUGCAGUGGAGUGGCAGAAAUCCAAACCCCCUUGACCCACUGCAGUGACAUACCUUGGUGCCACCUUUGUCCUGCCACCUGAAUCCAUGUGCCUACAGCCACUGCCCAGAUGACACUGGGGACACCCAGGGGCUGGCAGUGAUGAGUCCCUUUGCCAGCUGUUCUGUCACCAAGACGGGAGCUCUGUCCCUCUGUCACUCUCUGCAUGGAGAACAGCUUUAGGGUGCCACAGAGCCUGCCCUCGUGUCCAGCCCCACUACACCCAGCUUUCCUGCUGACCUCCCGGACAGGACCGGGUGUGGGAAUGACUUGCAGUGGUGUGUGGAGUGAUAAAGCCAAGGAGCUGA